GGAAGGGGGAAGUGAAAUUACCAAAAUACCCUAAAACGUACGAUCAGAGCGUGUAGGGCAAAACGGUCUCUACCGACUACCAAUCAACACCAAAUUCCUUCUCUCGGUCGGGAACUCUUGUUAGAAGUUGGAACUUAGAACAACGUUUAUAAGGCGUAAACAUCCCUCUUCGAUUCUUUUUCUUUUCUAAUUUUUUUUCUCUUUUUAUCGCUCUCUUUGCAAACGGAAUUCAUAAGAGCAGCAAUUUGGACGCCAUUGAAAUACUUCACAACUUCAUCCGUUUACUCAAUUUUCAUCUUCCCACCAGAGAGUCGGGCUAGUGUCAUUUUUUUUGGUGGGUUAUCUGCCCCUGUUAGAAUUCCUUUGGAAUGCGACGAGAGUAUUCUUGUUUUCUCCGGUUGUAGAUGUUUGAGUUAGCAGAACUGGGAUUUGAUUGAAGGAGAUUGGAUACACACAUUUUACUUGUUUCGGGUUAGUCGCGUUUUAGGCUUCUAUUUUUGUUGCUUUAUGCAAUUUUUGAGUUAUGGGUAUCGAUUGGUUUUCGCUAUCGAUAAAAUAGAUGGGUUCAUGUGAUGACCCGGCUGUGAUCGGGGAACCGUUUCGCGGCUCUGUUACUCGGCUGGUUAGGUGUUCGAGUCAACCUCUUCCCAAGCAUCAGUCACGCCAGGAGAUGGCUUCCUUUCCAUCUGAUUCUAGUGACGGUCAGAUGUUUGAGCCAGAUAGGGGAUUGGAAGUGACUACGACCUGUGUCUGCACGAAUGCAUCGGAGUCUGGUACUGCAGGGGAGGAUGGGACAUUUAGAGGCUUCGAACAUGCAGAUACUUUGCUAAUGGAUAAAAGGUUGGAUGGUGAUUCUGGCGAUAGUGGUCCCUGUCUAAACGAGGAUAAAGAAGCUUGCAACGGGGGGAAUAGAACAUUGAGCUUGGAUAUGAAAGAAUCUCAAGACGUUGAUGGUUUGGUUGAUAUUUUGGGAUGCAAAACUACCAUGGAAAUGAUGUCUUUAAAUGGGUCAUUAGUAGAUUCUGUUAAACCCGAAGAUCUUGAUAACAAUAGUUGUAUAAUUGAUGCUCCUGCAAAAGUUGAAAGAGAUAAUACUGUAGCAAAUGGUCCUGUUUUAGCACGGAUGGGUACUUGUACAGAUAACUUAAAAUCUCCUUAUGUCUGUGAAAUUGUUUCUAAUUCAGCUUCUGCCGAUGGACUGCCAAGUGACUUCAUACAACAAAACGAGCUGGAAAAUGAUGGUGCUGGUUGUUCAUUUUCAGAGACUGCAGACAGGAUAACUGAGGCUUCAGUUGAAAUAGAAGCAGAUGUGUUGAAUGAGAUGUCCCCUUUACAGAGUGGUCAAAUACUACCAACAUAUAUGGAACUAUCAGUUGCCAAUUUUGAUCAGUAUGUUUGCCAGAUGGAGGGGAAGAGCUUAAGUGGUACCUCUGGAGAAACAGUUAUUGAAGUUGCUGCUAUGAACAGCAAUCCUGAAGUGUGCUUGCAAAUGUUGCCUUCACAAGAAUGUGAGAGGAUUGGGGAAUGCUUGCAAUCUGAUGGUUCACCACUAACCAUCGAUGCUUCAGAGAAUGAUUGGUGUGAUGAAAAGCGUGACAAUAAUUCAUCCAAGUACAUUACAGAGGUUGUGGAAGACGAUAUUGAUGUCUUGACUAAUAAUAAUAGUGAUGGUGGACAACAUAUUGUUCCUGGGAUUGAAAAUGACCGCAAUCUGGAGGAAGGUACUAUUCAAGUGAACCACAACUGUGUUGAACUACUUGCAUCACCCUUGCUUUCUCAGCCCCCUAAUUCUGAAAAAGAUGAAUUUUAUGGGAUGUUGAAUGGUGCAGAUUUUCCAAUAAAGGAUAUUAGUUCUGUUAAUUCAUGUAGUGUCGGUGAUCAAGACCAUAAUGACAUAGAGAAAGUUGGCUGUGUUUCUGAAGUUAAAUGUCCUGAAACAGUUAUCACGUCUUCUAAGAGGAGUGGCCAAAGGAGAACAUCAAACCAAAAAGCUGUGACAAAAAGGGCAUCCAGGAAAAGCAAAAAGAAAGUGCCAGAGCCACUGAUUUUUGAUACUGCAAGAAGGAGGAGAAGCUCUUUAUCUAGGCCUGCUCGUCCCUCACCCUGGGGAUCACUGGGCUAUAUUAUUCAGUCAUUUGAAGAAAUUGAUGAUGUUCUGAUAAAUCAAAGUCAGAAGCAAGGAAAUGAUAAAUCUAAAAGUAAUCAAGGAGGUAUCAAGCGGAAUAAGAAAAAACCAAAGGAAAGUUCACAUAGAUCAAGAAAAGGGACCCAAGGAAAAUGUGCUACUUCAACUUCAACCAACCGUAUUCGUCUGAAGGUUAAAUUAGGGAAGAAUGUGGGUCAUAAUUUUCUGAACAUUGUGGUUCCCGAAAUUGUUGAUUCAUCAUUGUCUGCCAAGGGUAUCAAUUGCAAUUAUGGUAAUGAAUCAUAUUGGGAAGGUAAUUUGGAAUUUCCACCAUCUACCCUUGGUGUUGAUGAUCAAAAGCCCGAAGAGGGGCCUUUAAAAAAGAUCUUUUGCUACAGCAGGAAUCAGGAUAAAGAAGAGAAAUGUCCUGAUGCUUCUGUUGUGAAUGAACAAUGUGCUAAUAAUGACUCAAGUUGCACUAUUAAUAUAGACAAGUCAUCUGCAAAACAUGCAGAUGAUAAUCUGUGUGUUUCCCCUCAUUUGGUUGAGCCUGUAGAAAGGGUAAGUGAUACCAGGAAUUCGGAUCCUGGAACUUCACCUGAUUCGGAAGUGAUAAAUUCAAUUUUAGAUAUUCCAGUCGGAGCAAUGCGUCGGGAAAUUUUGCAGGACUCGGUUUUGGCAUCCUUAGAAGAUUUUUCUGCUUCUGGAAAUGCUGUCAGUACGAAAGGAAGGAAGAAGGAGAAGCCCUGUCAGGCAGUUAGUUGUUCUGAGGAAGGUGGCACAGGUGCUUCUGCUUGCAGUAACAGGUCCAAGUCAUCAAAGAAGCAUGGAAGAAGACGGAACGUGGACAAUCAACAUGGUUCUGGUGAGACAUUUACUUACACUGAUGCAAAUAUUUUAAACUACGCUUUAACUGUUAAGGAGUUAUCUAUGGAGCAAGUGCCUUUGUUGACAGAGAUUGAACUUCCAGAAGAGGUUUUAAAAGCAGACAACAUUCUCAAAGAUAAAGAAUGUUGCAGAACAGAUGUUGGCAGUGUGUUUCCUGAAUCAGAGAACUCAAAAACAUUUCUUCCUUCUCAAUCUGCAAAGAAGAAACAUCCCAAAGGUUCCAAGUCUAUUAAAACAAGCAAGGACAAGUUGAAGGCUCCUGGCUCAAAAAACAAAAUAAAGAAUGCUUCAAAAGAGAGGGUUUACCAACGGAAGUCUUUUAAUAAGAGUAAAAUCAAAGAGGAUCUAUGUGACCGAGUUGUGACUGAAAUGGGAAGUCACCAAAUAUUAGGAAAUUGCUUUGUAGACAAGCAUGAGAAAAGUGAUGACAUCAUUGCAUCCACAGUGGCAGUAAAUUUGAGUGUGGUACAGGGUGCUACAAAUGAGCAGUAUAUGCCUCCUCGCAAUGCUUGGGUGCUCUGCGAUGAUUGUCAUAAAUGGCGACGCAUACCAGCUUCUCUUGUUGAUAGUUUAGGACAUGCAAGUUGCACAUGGACUUGUAAGGACAAUGUGGAUAAAGCUUUUGCUCAUUGUUCAAUCCCGCAAGAGAAGUCAAAUGCAGAGAUUAAUGCAGAGUUGGAAAUAUCAGAUGAAUCUGGGGAAGAAAAUGCUUCCAAUAAACGGCUAACUUACAGGGAAUUGGAGAGUUUUCAUCCAACAACAGUGACUGCUGUUCCUCAAGAGAACAAAUUUGCUUCCAUUAGCAGCAAUCAGUUUUUGCACCGCAGCCGUAAAACUCAGACUAUUGAUGAGAUAAUGGUUUGUCAUUGCAAACCAGCUUUGGAUGGCCGGUUAGGUUGUGGAGAUGAAUGUUUGAACCGAAUGCUCAAUAUUGAAUGUGUUCGAGGUACAUGUCCAUGUGGGGACCUUUGUUCUAAUCAACAGUUCCAAAAGCGCAAGUAUGCUAAAUUACAGUGGUUGCGGUGUGGAAAGAAAGGUUAUGGGCUACAGUUGCUUGAGGAUAUAUCAAAAGGACAAUUUCUCAUUGAGUAUGUUGGAGAGGUCCUCGACAUGCAUGCUUAUGAGGCACGCCAAAAGGAAUAUGCAUUGAAUGGUCAUCGACAUUUUUACUUCAUGACACUAAAUGGCAGUGAGGUCAUAGAUGCAUGCAGAAAGGGAAAUUUGGGGCGUUUCAUUAACCACAGUUGUGAUCCAAAUUGCCGCACAGAGAAGUGGAUGGUGAAUGGAGAAAUCUGCAUUGGGCUCUUUGCACUAAGGGAUAUUAAGAAGGGGGAAGAGGUGACGUUUGACUACAAUUAUGUAAGGGUAUUUGGGGCUGCUGCAAAAAAAUGUUAUUGUGGUUCUUUUCAAUGUCGAGGUUAUAUAGGUGGAGACCCCCUCAAUUCUGAGGUCAUUAUUCAAAGUGAUUCAGAUGAAGAGUUCCCAGAGCCAGUGAUGCUUCGUGCAGAUGGUAGAAGUUGGAAUAAUAACGUGCCAACUGCAGUUAGUUCGUUGGAUGUUGCUAAAAUGCAACCCUCAGGGCAUAUAAAAGGGAUUAGGGAUAAGAGAGAUCAACCUAUCAGAAUUGCUAUUGAAUCAAAGAUUUCAGAAGAAAAAGUGGAUACUCUUAAGCUUUCUGUCUCGAAGAUUUCAGAAGAAAAAGAGGAUUCUCUUAACCUUUCUGCAUCGAAGAUUUCAGAAGAAAAAGAAGAGCAUCUUAACCUUUCUGCCUCUACCAUUUCACCAUUGCACAGUUCAUUGGAAUUCGAAGACUCAAAGGUAGCAUCACCUACUCCACUGCCGGAUAUUACCCAUCAGACUGAAGAUGUGACAAGCAAACCUGUCUUUGUUGAUCAGACAGAAAUCUCUCUUGUGGACAAUAUUUCUGACAAAAAUACGUGCUCUAUUGAGCAGGAGGCAAAGUUAUCAGUUGAUGACAUUGAUGGUCGUAAGAAGUCCAAGCUGGAUGCUAUUGAAGAUAAGCAAGUGUAUAUAAAAUCGCAUCCUCAGAUGAAAACUUCACGUAAACCAGGUUCCAUCAAGAAAGGAAAAGUUAGCUCUGUAGAAAAAAUUCAAAUAACUAACAGGUCCCAGAUUUCCUCUGUAAAGCCCAAGCGAUUGAUUGAAGGUUCUCCAGGCAACCGUUUUGAAGCAGUUGAGGAGAAGCUUAAUGAACUUCUGGAUGCUGAAGGGGGCAUUAGCAAAAGAAAAGAUGCUCCUAAAGGGUACUUAAAGCUUCUUCUUCUGACUGCUGCAUCGGGUGCAAGUGCUAGCGGUGAAGCAAUUCAGAGCAAUCGAGAUCUUUCAAUGAUCCUUGAUGCUCUUUUGAAGACAAAGUCACGAGUAGUAUUGACUGACAUAAUAAACAAAAAUGGUUUGCGGAUGCUGCAUAACAUAAUGAAGCAAUAUAGAAGUGACUUCAAAAAGAUACCUAUUCUUCGGAAGCUUUUGAAGGUCCUAGAAUACUUGGUGACGAGAGAGAUACUCACCUCAGAGCAUAUUAAUGGAGGUCCUCCUUGCCCUGGAAUGGAAAGUUUGAGGGAGUCCUUACUGUCACUGACAGAGCAUGAUGACAAACAGGUACAUCAAAUUGCCCGAAGUUUUCGGGACAGAUGGUUCCCCAGACAUUCUAGAAAAUUUGGUUACUCGGAGAGGGAGGAUGGAAGAUUGGAAGUUUACAGGGGUUCAAACUGCAGUAGGUUUACAGCAUCGCACAGUUAUCGGCAUGAUCAGGAUUCCAGACCCACGGAUGCAAUUGAUUGUGUCAAGCAGUCGAUGCCUACAUCUUUGCCAGAUGCUCAUCCUGUGGAGGUCUGUUCUGUGGCUUCCACAGCUGGUCACUCAUCGAAUGGACAAAAAGUCCGUAAGCGUAAGAGCCGAUGGGAUCAGCCUGCAGACACAAGCCUAGAUCUGAGAUCCAAGGAGCAGAAGCUUGAAUCAACAUCAGUGCAGCAAUUGAAUUCCAGCCAAUUAAAUUGUGUUGGAAUGGCAUCAAUGUUGAUAGACAAAGUAAACAAUGAUGAUAAGGACUCCUCCCUCUCUGACUCUGUUGGAGUACGUUGUCGGCAAGAUGAAGAUAUUAGGGCAGACAGUGCGGUGCAGAAUGUACCUGAAGAUAUUCCUCCUGGAUUUUCAUCUCCUUUCAAUCCCCCUGUGGCUUCCUCAAGUGCUUUUUCAACAGUUUUAGAUCCUCCUCGACAGAAUAUUUGCGAUUUGGGUUGUGCUUUUUCCACGGUUGGACACCCACAGGAAAGAUUUAUUUCUCGCAUGCCUGUGUCCUAUGGAAUUCCAUUUUCUAUCAUUGAGCAAUGUGGAACAUCCCAUGCAGAGAAUCUGGAGUGUUGGGAUGUUGCUCCUGGAGUGCCUUUUCAUCCUUUUCCACCCCUGCCACCAUAUCCCCGAGGUAAGAGAGGCCCGCCUACAUCUGCCUGUGGUACUGCAGUUGGACAGUCCUCUCAAGAAGGGCAGGUCAACAGCCAUGAUUCUCGAACUUCUUUCUCAGAAGAAAGCCCUCCUAGUACAAGUACUAAUUACCAACCGGAUUUGUGCACUUCAUCAAACAACCAACAGAUACCGAAUCGGACAAAAGAAUCGUCAUAUGACUUGGGAAGAAGGUAUUUUAGGCAGCAAAAGUGGCGUAAUACAAAGUAUGGUCCCCCUUGGUUACAGAAAAGAAAUCAGUGGGGAUGCCAAGGGAACUUCAGAGGUGGCGUGAGUGCUAUAGUUGAUGACAAUAUACCCAAUGAAGAAAUAAGUCCAUAUUGCUCGGAUGAAGCAAGUGGUAGACUGGAUAAGGCUAAUGAUGAAUUUUAUCAGCAUUUGCAGAACCAAAAUCUGCGUUGAGUCUUAGGAAACUCAUGAUCUACUGAAAUUUCAAUAGAACCCAAUGUAUUCUCAGUUCUUUUCCUUAGGUUUGAUAUUAAUCAAUUGGAAAGUUUCUUCAACUUCAGUAUGGUAGUGCUCUUACUCCAGCGUUAGUAGUACUAUUCAUGAGGUUGAUCUUUGCUUCCAUCAGCAUAUGAGGUUUUGGAUCUUUAUCCAUCAAUCAACACCUCAAAGAGGUAGGCAUUCUUAUUUGUAUAUCAUUUUCUCACAAAAAUUAAAUUGUGAUACGCAAUGUUUAAAGAUCUCGGGAAAAUAAAAUUUUCAUUGAUUCUUGCUGUCGUUUGCCUACGA